AACAAACAGUUAUUUUAAGAAACUUUUGUGUAUUUGCACAAUUUAUGCCAAAGAAUAAAGCUUCUUUUAUUUCUAAUAUUGUUAAUCCUUUGCGGAUGGGACUGUCUGGCGGGCGAACAUCGUUGUGGACGAGAAGUAUCGGGGCGUGCAGCCAAGGAAAUAUGCUGAAGGAAGAUAGGUGGUACAGAGAAGCGACACGUCGAGAAGGUCUGAGUUUCUUUCGAAGAAAACGUCACAUAAGCAUUACAGUGUGGCACUAUGUGUUUAUUAUAUUAUGAUACUGCGUGCCUUGUCGCUCAGACAUUAAUCAAAAUAGCUAGCGGCGAGGAAACCGGAGCCUCAAAUUACAAAAGCGCGUCUAUAGCCUCCGACAUCGGAGGGAGCCUUCCGCUCCGGAAAAAUACAUCUCCAAGCUGCAACGGAGGAAGAGCGCGCUCGCACUAUUUACAUUGUCGUUCAGAACGGAGGCCGGGUAUGUCGGAAUAUAAAUGCGAAUCCUCAGCUAGAGCAGAGAUAUGUUAAGCGGACAGACGAAGCGUACGGAUGAACGUGCGUACGAGCCGUGGCAGCGUCGAGCAGAUCGAUAUACAGCCUCGAUAAAAGGAGACACGGUGAUCGGUCGGUCGGACCGACCGGAGAAGAAGACGAGCGAAAAGUGGAUGGGAAGAAGGAGGAACAGAGAGGACGGGGAGUGCACGAAGAAGAGGAGCCGCCGCGCGCUUUUAGAUCCUAUGAUAGGUGGCACGGGAUAUUACAGGCCGCUCGUCUCCGACGCCGAGCAUACAUAAUCGGCUGGUGACCGUUUACGUGACACGCCGGCGAGCCGCCGGAGCGAGGGAGAAAGGGAGAGAAAGAGAGAGGGAGAGGGAAAGAGAGCCGAUCGCGAGGCGACACGAAGCGCGACCAGAGACGAGAAGCGCGCGCGGCGGUUCGAAAAAACGCGCAUUUCGAUAGAUUCGAUCGGUCGACAGAGGCGACAAGGGGCGAUCCAGCGGCGCGUAUAUAAACCGCGGGAGGACCUCCCGUGCGUUUCAGUUGCCCGAAAACUCCAUGCAGAUCGUCUCUUCCUUCCAUGCGAAUCCUCUUCCUCCGAGCCCUAAUCUUCUCUCUUUUGCCUUUGCUUGCUCAUUCGAGUUCUACCCGGCCCGUCUCGCGCGUUCAACGUUAUCUCACUCUCACACCUCGGCCGAUCGCGUCGUGGUUAUAUUUUUCGAUCCGCCGCUGUUCUCACCAGUCCACGUCGCUCGUCCUUAUCCCUCCGUACCUGUAGGUCUCUCCUCGUGUAAGCUGACGCACACGCACGUGCGUUACAUACUAUCUGUAUCGUGCGCUCUCUCUUCUUUUGCUCUCGCGUUCCCUUUCUCUUUCUCUUCCUCCCUCUCUCUCUCUCUCCCUCUUCUUCGCCCUCCCGCUCUCCCUUUUGUUCAUCAGGCUCUCGUCCUUGUCCUGUCCUGUCCUCGUCGGGAGUCCUCCUAGCCCUUUUUUGUCCCAUACCCCGGCGAAGGCUUGCGCUCAUGUGUCUUCUUCUUCUUCUUCUUCUUCGCCGGUAGCUCUUCUUCUCCCCUUCUUCUUCAUUCUUCACCCUUCCUCCCGUCGUGCUCGGUUCUCUCUCUCUCUCUCUUUUUCCCUCCCUCUUUUUAACCCUGUCUCCGACUUCUCUCGUCGCCGCACUCCUUCCUCGCCGUCUCUCCUCACUUCUGGCCGUUUUGUUUUGCACACGCUCCACAAUCUCGUUCCACGUUUAUCUCGCGCGCUCUUUUUACGCGCGAACCCUUGCCGUACGCACGCAAACGAGCGAGGACUCGCGAGGCGCGUCCUGCCUCCACCUGUCCGCGAGGCAGAGACUAUCGAGAGAGAUACGUUGAGAAAACCGUCGAGAGAAAGCCACACCGGAAGAGAAGAAGAAUAAGAAGAAGAAGACGAUGUUCGGAUGGUACGUCGGGAUCGCGGCCACCCUGUUGGCCUUUUUCAUCUACAUGGCGUACUUCUUCAAAUUCAACUGGGUCAGAGACAUGAGAGAUGAGGGUAAGUCGCACAGGAACGGCGGCUUAGGACCGAAAAAUCGAAAAGUGGGCAAAUUACCGCCGGUCUAUCCAAAUGGAUGGUUCGCCCUGUUGGAAAGUUCGCAGAUAAAAAGAGGUCAAGUGAAGCACGUGUCUGCUCUCGGAGAGAAUUUCGCGGUGUUCAGGACCGAAAAAGAUGUUGUCAACAUUUUGGAUGCGUACUGUCCGCAUUUAGGAGCAAACAUGGCCGAGGGUGGUCGCGUGAGAGGAGAAUGCCUGGAAUGUCCGUUUCAUAGUUGGUCAUUUCGGGCAGAUGGUUACUGCGAUAGCAUACCUUAUGCAGAAAAGGUGCCGCACAUCGCGCGAACGAGGGCAUGGAAGUCCUGCGAAGUGAACCAUCUUAUUUUCGUCUGGUAUCACGCUGAAUCAGCCGAACCUGACUGGCGGCCGCAGCCACAGAUGUGCAUUGCCAACGGGAAAUGGCGUUUCCAAGGACGCAAUGAGUUCCUGAUAACAUGUCACGUGCAAGACAUAGCGGAGAACGGGGCCGAUUACGCGCAUCUCAGCGCGGUGCAUGGCCCGGCGAUGUUCCUUACCGACAACAUAUCCUGGCUGGCUCGGCACUCGUGGACCAACGCGCUGUGGCGACCGCAGUGCUCGUACAAAUCUUCGGAGACGGACGCGGACGUGGACAUGGACGCGGACACGGAGGUGCAGAUCAAGCUGAACGGUUCAUCGAUUCAUGCGAUAUCGAGCGGCGAUGGGAACCACCUUGAGAUUACCGAGAAGAGGGCGAAGCACAAGGCCGGCAUACAGCUGCACCAUAGCCUGAUUUUGUUCGAGCGAUUCACCGUCCUCGGAUUAAAUGUGAGCGUCGAGCAGAUCGGCCCGGGCUAUGUUGAGAUGAUGAUCAAUACGUCCUUCGGACCUAUGUGCAUACUGCAGACUGUCACGCCGCUGGAGCCGCUGCUGCAGCGAGUCACCCAUCAGAUAUUCUCACCGCCGUGGUUAGCGCCCUACGCUACCAUGGUGUUCUUGGGAGAAUGCCUGAUGUUCGAGCGAGACAUCGCGAUUUGGAACCACAAGAAGUACGAGCGACAGCCGACUUUGGUGCGCGAGGAUCGUACUAUCCUGGCGUACCGUCGCUGGUAUUCGCAGUUCUACUCGGCCAACAGUCCGACUUAUCAGACGGCCACGAAUAACUUGCAGUGGUAG